AGCGCUUCCGGGGGCUCGUCCGUAAACGUCCGUGUGGCGCUAGUUGGAGCGGUGAAGUUGUGGCGCUGCAGCAGUGCGGGGAGUAGAGGAGUGUUGGGGUUUGCUCACAGUGACGAUGUGAAUGUGGUUUCGAAACAGGAGCUACGCUGCAGAGUGGAGAACGAUGAACAGGAAAAGGGCGCUCAAGUGCGACACAUUCUGUGGGAAAAGGGGGAGGAGCGGCGCCGCGGAACCGUUGCCAGCAGCAGCAGGAGGAGGAGGAGUCGCCGCCGGGGACCGUGGUGACCGUGUCGGAGGGGCCCUGGAUAUAAAGGCUUCCUUGGAGCACAUCAUGUCCCUCUUGCCCGGGAAGCUGUGGAGCGACACUGUGCCUCGGAUUGCGCUCAAGCACCAGCUGUACAGCCUGCAUAGGGACAGGACCCGGGUGGACCGGCACCUGAACGAGCUGAGGGAGCAGGGGGACGUACUCAUGUUCCAGCUGGGCUUCGACUCGGAGUCCGUUGCCGUCGUCUUUGCCGCAGACUUCAAGGCCAAGGUCCUGGCAGCAGAGGUGGGAAGGGCAACCCAGGGACCCGUGGAGAAGUUUUUGAACACCGUUUUGGCCUCCUGCUGUGAUAUGAGCGUGGACGAAACCAAAAUGCUCCAGGAGUUUCUCUUCGCAGACUCUGAAAUAACGCAGCUGGUCAAGUGCGGAGUCCUUACGGUGAAAGACGCUGGCAGCUGGUGGCUGUCCAUCCCAAACUCUGGUAGAUUCACCAAGUACUUCAUCCAAGGACGCAAGGCUGUGCUCGGCAUGAUCAGAAAAUCAAAAUACAGUGAAAUGCUCAAGUCAGACCUUGAAGGGAGGCAGACCACCUCUCGAGUUAAGUUCCAUAUUCAAUAUCACAUCCAUGAUAUUGUCGGAGCAGAGUUAGUAGACUGCAUAGAGACUACAGCAGGAGUGUUACUGCGCUUUGCGGACUCUUGACUCUGGCUGCUGAUCAGUCCACCGAUGGGUCAUUCGGGGAGUUAUAUCUGGUUACAGUUACACCACACAGUGAAAAUGUUUUUUUGUUUUCUCAGCAAAUACGUACUAGGAAGGACAUUUCCUGUUGCUGAUGACUGAAAUAAACUUGUACAAUUGGCUCUGAUUACCUUAUCCAGAUCGUUGAUUUCAACUAUUCUCCUGUGGUUGUUGAAGUAACAUUCCUCAUAAUUUAAAAUGUAAACAUCUGCAGCUUUGGGACAACAAGGUGUCUUUGUGGUUGUCAUUUUUUUUAGCUGUAAUGUAAAUACACAUAUUCAAGUUUUGUUUUGCUGUGUUUUGCAGUAUUACAUGUACUUUUCCUCAAGUACAACUAGUCCUUCAGCUACAACAUAUGGCACUUACAACCACCUGCACUGAAGACUGCUGUCCCAUUAACCUUAUAUUAUUUUGGAGCCCAAUGUUUGGUUGUAACAAGUGAUGAUAACCUGUAUUUCUUGUUUUGUUUGCAAUUCCUUUCAAAUUACUUUUUGUUUCAAAUGGCAAGCAAGAAAGUGUGUGUUCUGGUGCUGUUGAAAAAAGUGGACUUGUUUAACACAAGUAUGAAAUUUCUGAAAAGAUGACUGCUGUUUUUGUACAUGCUUAUGAUUUGUAUAAGGAUUUUUAAUUUGCUGGAAUGGAAGCCUGUUGUAAGCAGAGGAGCACCUGUAUGCUUUUACAGAGAAAUAAAAGCCUGUACAGACUAAUGAAGCCUGACCUUGGUCUUUCAGAACAUGCUGAUAUCAAAAGAUAUAUAGAAGGUGCUGCACCUCUGAAAUACACCAUAAUAAUGGAACUGCACUGUGGUGCUGUUCAUGAAAUGGCAGUGAUUGUCUGUCUAUCAAAAAUGUUCAGGGACCUAUCACUUUGAUUGAGGAAUAAUGUCCAGUACCAUUAAAGUGACUUUGCUUUCA